AUGACUGGGCAGUUUACUGAACCGAUCACACUGCAUAGGUUGCGCUGGCUUGGCCACGUGCUGCGUAUGCCAGUCGACCGACUUCCUCGAAGGGUUCUUUUCGCACAACCACGUGAAAGAUGGAAGAGAGCCAGAUGCGGUCAAACAAUGACUUGGCAGCGAAGUAUGAAAGCCAUUACCAGCAAACGCAGCUGCGCUGCUCCCUUCCCAACCCCCCUAAUUAACAGUUCACCUACAGUGCUGUAUUUACGCAACAAUUUAUCAGCUCCCGCCUCCAAUGCGCGGCUACUUACCCCAUUUCCCCGAAUCAUCGGUGAACGAGACUGUGGCAGCUACAACCAAUGUGCGACGAGUACGCGGUUAUUACAGCUGACAAUGAUGAUGAUGAUUUCAGAAAAACAAUUUGGGCCAUACCUCACUCUGACCUAUGUGCACGGAGGUGAAGACGCUCAGAUGUCACACACACAAGCCAGGGAGUUCUGUCAAAACCUGACCAGUGGGAUACGGCCAGAAGGUACCACAUCCAAAGCGCCUGCGAAUCCGAUCGAAAUCCGGAAACAUAGCGACCUGGUGUCCAUUCACGAUCCCACUAUGGUACACCAAUUGAUGAGCUGGGUACUCCCAUUGGACAAACGGCAAUUUUGGAUCGGAGGCCUCAUAAGUAAGGUCGAGCACACAUUUCAAGAUCAUGCAUCACACCUGAUUCACACGUGGACUGAUGGCACACCGGCCAACUUCCGUUUCCUGCACUUCACGCAGGCCGAUUUCCAAGCUUUCAGCCCCGGCGCAACCUUGUGUUUGUCUGUGGAUUUCGUAAGCGGCAAAUGGGGAGCGCACAACUGUAACACAGAGAUGUAUUUUGUCUGCGAGACAAUAACCUUAGGGGAGAAAGCUCCCCAUGCAGCGACAUCCAGUGCUUUUCAGACGACCACUGAAAGAAAGCCUUCAAGCAUGGGCAACCUGGCAGUAUCCCAGCCCUCGUGCUUCCUUCGGGUGGCAUGGCAGUUUGGCCUCGGAAGGGUGUUACAGCUGGACGAUGAUAAACCUGGCCACUGCGCGCUGAGGACCGCAAAGGUUUUUCAGUGUUUGACCAUCCAUGUCUUCGGAGCAUUGCCCGAGUCUGAUGGGAACACCGGAUCAGCAAUUCUGAAGUGCGUCGAAUGGUAUUCGGGAGAAAUAACUCACUUUCGAUAG